ACUGACACUGUCAUGAUCGACGGUCAUGUCACGAGACGAUGUUACGACUUCUUUAUUUACUAAGUUUGGUAAUAUGUAUCGAAUUAUCCUUUUGUUAUAACUAUUUGGAUGACGCCGCAGAACGCCAUGGUCACAGAGUAGGCCGGUAUGCCAGAAGAGACCGUGUCAGAAGGGCCAAAAGACCAAAGGAACGGAAGAGCCUCAUCCGUCAUGAGUACGACUAUGACAGAAGUCCGGUGGAGUUUGAUGUGGCCAGUUUCAUACAACCUGAUGAUGAGCUGGUCGAAGAAGAUGGCAUACCGAUGAGGCAAAGGAGCAAUAAACGAAGAACUUCAAAGAAUUACGAGUACGGCUCCUUGAUGGGUCUGAAUGUAGACGACAAGAAACGGGAGCGGAGUUCAGACUAUAUGAACAUGAAUGACGCUCCUCCAGAAUUGAAUUUUAAUCCUCAACUUUUCAAGGACACAAAUUCUCUUUCCCUCAACCAAAAACAACUCAAUUACAACGGGUUAGAUGAUCUCCGGGGUGAGAAGUUUGGACAUGAAAAAUUCCGGAACAUUUACAAAGAUGAAUUGUUGAUGGACCAAAAUAUUGUCCACAGCCAUGAAAAGAAGUGCACCUUAAAAAAUAUAAAGUUCCCGUUUUUUUCCCAUAACAAAUCUGAACCCUUGAAGCCAAAGAAAAACAAAAAGAGAAAGCUAUUCUGUUUCAAUUGUCCUAAAAAGGGCUCAAAGUAUCCGGACGAGACGAAGAUGGGUGACGAGAUAAAAAUGGGUGACGAUGUAUUUGGUCACUAUAAGAUUAAAAGAUCGUUCGAAGACAGGCUAUGUCCAGUAUGCAAGAAGAAAUUCAUGGUCAGCUUGCAACAAAAUGAGAGACGCAAGAAGGCUUCCAGAAGAAUGCUACACAACAGCAGACAAUACUACCAAAACAUAUCGCCUGUAGCAAAAUCAAAAGAGAAUAAAAAGAUGUUUAGAAGACAUAAUGUAGGAUAUACUCACGGAACUCCAGACACUACUAGGAGCAAGAGAGAAGAUGCGAGAGACAGACAGUUGAAAGAGUUGGAGGAAGUCCAGAGGAAGAUAGACAACGUGGAGAUUAACAUUCCUAAUUUUGAGAAACCGGCUGAGAAGAGCCCGUACAAGUAAGACAGGUUAAGGUAUUUUAUUAUUAAUAUUAAAUUUAAGUUUCUUUAUUAAUGUCUGUUUUAGACUAGUUGUACUGUAUGUUGUAAUAAAAGUUAUUUCAGUCUC